UCAAGAACAUAUAUCAUCUAUCUGCAAGUUGAGAGUUCCCAAUGAAAAUGGUGGCAGCUGCUCCCAAAUCUUGUUUGUUCAUCUUGGUUACGUGCUUGUACAUGCAUGCAUGCAUUACUUCUCAACACAAGUAUCCACUGGCCAAUAAGGGUAUUCUUGUAAAUUACAGUCCAAUUUCAAGGGGAACAACUGACGACAGCUCACGGAGUAGUACUACUAGAUUAAUCAGUUCAAAAACCAAGGAAGAAGAAGAUGCUGCACUACUAAUUAUUUGCAAGAAAAACAUUAAUGGCUGUAAUAAAGUAGCAAAAUCAGGAGAUCAAGAUCAAUAUUCUUCCGUGAGGGAUUUGCAGAGUGCAACAAAACCAGAGGAUUCGAGAUGGCCACAGUUGAAUGCUGGAGAAGAGGAUUCGCAUUCCUCGAUUUCCAGCGAAGAAGAUUUAACGGUGACCGAUUAUCAGCUACCACGUCGAAAAUCUCCGAUUCACAAUUAAAU